CUAAAUACUUACUUGUUCCUUGCAGUUGGCAAACAUGAGUUAACUGGGCAUAAAGUUGCAGUGAAGAUCCUGAAUCGACAGAAGAUUCGCAGCCUUGAUGUUGUAGGAAAAAUCCGCAGGGAGAUUCAGAAUCUCAAACUCUUCAGACAUCCUCAUAUAAUUAAGCUGUACCAGGUCAUCAGUACACCAACUGACAUUUUCAUGGUGAUGGAAUAUGUUUCAGGAGGAGAACUGUUUGAUUAUAUCUGUAAAAAUGGAAGGCUUGAUGAGAAGGAAAGUAGAUGUCUGUUCCAGCAAAUCCUUUCUGGUGUGGAUUACUGUCACAGGCAUAUGGUAGUACAUAGAGAUCUGAAGCCUGAAAAUGUGCUGCUUGAUGCACACAUGAAUGCCAAGAUAGCUGACUUUGGUCUAUCAAAUAUGAUGUCAGAUGGAGAAUUUUUAAGAACAAGCUGUGGUUCCCCUAACUAUGCUGCACCGGAAGUAAUUUCAGGAAGAUUAUAUGCAGGUCCAGAAGUAGAUAUUUGGAGCAGUGGGGUUAUUCUCUAUGCUUUGUUAUGUGGAACACUUCCAUUUGAUGAUGAUCACGUGCCAACCCUUUUUAAGAAGAUAUGUGAUGGUAUCUUUUAUACUCCUCAGUACCUGAAUCCAUCUGUAAUUAGUCUUCUGAAACACAUGCUGCAAGUAGAUCCAAUGAAGAGAGCAACAAUCAGAAGCAUUAGGGAACAUGAAUGGUUUAAGCAGGACCUUCCCAAAUACUUGUUUCCUGAAGACCCAUCAUAUAGUUCUACUAUGAUUGAUGAUGAAGCCUUAAAAGAAGUGUGUGAGAAGUUUGAAUGCACUGAAGAGGAAGUGCUAAGUUGUCUAUACAGCCAAAAUCAUCAGGACCCUUUAGUGGUUGCUUAUCACCUCAUUAUAGAUAAUAGAAGAAUAAUGAAUGAGGCCAAAGACUUCUACUUGGCUACAAGCCCACCGGAUUCUUUUCUUGAUGAUCACAAUCUGUCUCGCCCUCAUCCUGAAAGAGUGCCAUUCUUAGUAGCUGAAGCACCACGUCCCCGCCAUACUCUUGAUGAGCUGAAUCCACAGAAGUCAAAACACCAAGGUGUAAGAAGAGCUAAGUGGCACUUGGGAAUACGGAGUCAGAGUCGACCUAAUGAUAUCAUGGCUGAAGUUUGUCGAGCAAUUAAAGAACUGGAUUAUGAAUGGAAGGUUGUAAAUCCAUACUAUCUGUGUGUUCGAAGGAAGAAUCCAGUGACAAGUGCAUAUUCCAAAAUGAGUCUACAGUUGUAUCAGGUGGACAGCAGGACGUACUUACUGGACUUCCGUAGCAUUGAUGGCUCUGCUCUUUUGGAUUUACCAGGAACUUCCCCAGCCCAGACGAUUGGAAUUACAGCAUUAUUUACUUCGACUGGUGUGACCCUCUGCUUUCGGUGA